GGGUCAUGAAGCACGUCUCCCAAACUGCUGCACACAUAUCAUCGAAUCGGUGAGAAACGCAGGAUUUCCUGUGGUGUUGCUGAAGUGGACACAUUCAAGUUUUAGAUUCGCAGAAGUACCUAGCCCAAUUUUAACAUCCAUCGAUUUAAUGUCUUAAUCAACACCAUCUCAUCCGUACGUGCCAUAGACUACACCUUGACGUAGUUAGUCUGAAAGAAGUAAUCAAAAAUGUCCGAACCCACAGUGGCCGAUACUCGCCGGUUAAACUCCAAGCCGCAGGACCUGACGGACGCCUACGGCCCUCCCAGCAACUUUCUGGAAAUCGACGUGUACGACCCUCAGACAAUAGGAGUCGGCCGCAACCGCUUCACCACUUACGAAGUCCGAAUGAGGACAAAUCUACCAAUUUUUAAACUGAAGGAGUCGUGUGUCAGACGAAGAUACAGCGACUUCGAGUGGCUGAAGAACGAGCUGGAAAGAGACAGCAAGAUUGUUGUGCCUCCAUUGCCUGGAAAGGCAUUGAAGAGACAGCUUCCCUUCCGUGGAGAUGAGGGCAUUUUUGAGGAGUCCUUCAUUGAGGAGAGACGAGCUGGGCUUGAACAGUUCAUCAACAGAAUUGCAGGUCAUCCUUUGGCCCAGAAUGAACGCUGUCUUCACAUGUUCCUGCAGGAAGAAAGUAUUGACCGGAACUACAUUCCCGGAAAAGUGUGAAUAAAGCCUGUGAUGAAGGUUUUGGUAAAAUCCCUCCCUGUCCUGGACCCAUCUGCUCUACCAGCUCUUUUCUGCACAUCAGUCAAAACCUUUCACAGCUGCUGUCCAUAAUAUCCUGUAUAUAUUUCUGUUCUGGGAUAGAACUAAACUACAACAUCUAUUUCACUCUGAGGAUGAACUCAACUUAAUGCUGUAUUUAUACCUCAUGCACUCAUUUUGUGGAAAGAAACAUGUUUUUUUUUUGUUUUUUUUUUUGGGCUGAUCUUUGAACAAAUACUCCUUUCCUUUAAAAAUAGGUUUAAACUCCUGGCUUUAACCUUUCAGGCAACCCACUGAUUUUUCUUCAAUAAAAAAUAAAAUAAUAAGGAGAAUUUGGAACAUUGCUCACUGUAUUCUGAAUUAAAAGCUUGUCUAAGAUUAAUUACAUAAUUCAAUCCUAAAAAAACAAAAAGUGACAUGUUAAAAAGUUGAGUAGUUGCAUCACAAAUCCAGAGAACAAUUAUCAAACUAACUUGCCAAAUGUAGCACCUCAGAUACUAAAAACUGGGAUUGCCUCUUGACAAUGUCUUCCUUUACAUUCCAUAUUUCAUUUGUAUCCUUUUGACUUUGAUUAAAUAUGUUAUAACAAGGCUUUUGCAACCAUUGUAUUUUCUUUUGUUUAGCGUCAGUGUAAUGAGUCAAGCUUUGGGAAUGUAUAUAUUCGAUCACUGUGAAAAACUGAAUUCCAUUAUGACAAAAUGUGUUACAUUUGCUGUUUUGUCUCUACUAUGCCAUCUCUUAAAAUGAGUUGUGUUAUUUUCUGGCUCUUUCCAUUCUGGUUAUUUUCAGGACUGUGUGUAAAGAAAAGGGCACUAAUUGAUUUUUAAUCCGAUAGCCAUCCUUUCUACCCAUGAAUAAACCCCCUAUGUCUCCUUCAA